UUAGUAAUGAAAGCAAUAGCAUUCAUCCAGCUCAGUCUACGAGUGCAGAGCAGGAAGAGCAUACAUAAGAAGCAUCAUCUAACGAUGGACAUUAUUACUCCAGUUUUACGGGACUCAAAUCUUUACCGAUAUAAAGGGUUCUGUUUUUUUAAAGAAUUUAUGAAACCAGAGUUUAUAGAGUCACUGCAGGACUUCAAAAUAAGAGACGAUGACGUAUUCAUGAUUACAUAUCCAAAAUCAGGAACUAUUUGGACACAACAGAUUCUAAGUUUAAUAUACAGUGAAGGGUACAGGAAUGGAACAGAGCAAACAGAAACUUCAAAAAGAGUGCCAUGGAUUGAAUUUCAGUUUCUCAGUAAGGAUCCAAAUGAAGACCCUAACAGUCGUCCCUCUCCUCGUUUGUUUGCAUCACAUUUGUCAUCUAGAUUUGUACCACAGGGACUGAAAAAUAGAAAGGCAAAGAUUAUCUAUGUAAUGAGAAAUCCAAAGGAUGUUAUAAAAUCUCUAUAUCAUUUUGAAGCCAUGGCAACCUAUGCUGAGACCUCUCCAGAUUUUGACCACUUCUUUCAAAAGUUUUUAGAUGGUGAUGUCUUUGCUGGUAGCUGGUUUGAUCAUGUUCGAGGAUGGUACACUCAUAAAGAUUAUUUCAAAAUCCUUUUCAUAAAGUAUGAAGAUAUGAUCAUGGAUCUGCGUUCUGUUGUCCAACAAAUGUGCAUAUUUUUAGGGAAAGAAUUAGAUAAUGAAUCUAUAGACAUUGUUGUGAAACGAGCAACAUUCAAUGAAAUGAAAAAUGAUCCUCUUGCAAAUAAAGAAAAUAUGCCAGAAGAUUUUUUUGAUUUUAAGAAUGGGAAAUUUAUGCGAAAAGGUACUGUUGGAGACUGGAAAAAUGCCAUGACUGUAGCACAGAGUGAAACAUUUGACCGUAUCUUUCAGGAAAAGAUGGGAGAUUUAGAUCUACACUUUACCUGGGACAUCAAUGAGAAAAGGUCCUUAUAGACAAACCUCCCAUGUAGUUUUUUGCCAAAGUUAAAAGUGGAUCAAAAAGGAAUGGGAAAUAUCGAACUUUCCUUACUGUCCUGUUUACUGUGCUCUACUUUGUUUGGGUAAAUUUGUACCAUUUUAGGUUAAAAUUAAAGCUAUGUACAAAUUUGAAUAUUCUUU